AUGUCUGCCCGCCGUUCCAGUACACGCGCUGCCCGUGGUGUCGCGCGCGACUUGAUAGCGACACCGGCUUCACUUCACCUUUCCCUCCUCACACAACCUCAAAGACUCGCGGCAAGAUUCGCCAUGCAGCUCGCCAGGUCCACCGCCUCUUCCUCUUCCUUGUCGAUCCCCUCUCUCGCAUCCUCCUCCACUUCGACCUCGCCGCCGAGCUCGGGAUUCUCAUAUGACGCACCGUCAACGCCAACGACGCCUUCCGUCCCCAGCGCGCGGCAUGACCAAAUUCGAAAAGAGUCAGGGACGAGGGCGGCGCGAGGAGUGGUGGUACCGGUGGGAGGAAGCAGCAUCAGCGAGGAGAUGUGGAGAAGCCCCAAGUGCUCCAGCGCACUGGCCCCGGAGGAAUGCGCGCAGUGGGAUGGGCUGGCGAAGCAGCAGAAGCGAGGCACGCAGUGGGAUGGGCUGGCGAAGCAGCGGAAGCGAAAGCACGAGCGGCGUUACCCGGGCUAUGUCUUCCGGCCCCAGCGCGCGGGACAACCAAAUUCGAAAAGAGUCAGGGACGAGGGCGGCGCGAGGAGUGGUGGUGCCGGUGGGAGGAAGCAGCAUCAGCGAAGAGAUGUGGGGAAGCCCCAGGUGCUCGAGUUCGUCGUACGGUCAAUGCCUCCGGCCCAAGAGCAUCGUCCGCCUUAUAUGAAGGUGGAGGUGCCGAGCAUCUUCGCCAGUGCCACCCCCACCUCGUUUGGAUCCGCGCCGCGUUCUCCACUCGAUCUGCCUCUCGAGCCUGUAGCACCACAGCAGCAGCGCCCGAUGUCGCCUACCUUGCUUGUCCCAAUGCUUGGAUGCAACGCGACGCUAGCCCUGCAGGAUUCAUGUGCUCAAUCGGGCUUCCAGCCGCAGGCCGUCAGCGCCCAGUUCUCCGACCGUCUGCGAGCGUCUGGCUUCCUGCGCUCGAUCUUCGCCGACCCCACGCCGGACCCCUUCGCCAACUUCGUCGAGUCCCACAACAGCCUGGCCGCAUGCUUCGAUCCGAUGCCGUCGUGCGGCGACUACCCGUCCGCCUGGGGGUUUUCCUCGCCGCGGGCAGGCCAGUCCCCGCAUUCAAGUGACAUCAGACUAUGGGGGGACACCGACAUCUUGCGUGCCGUUCGACAGCUCGCCACGCCAGAACAGAUUGCUGGCCACAACGCAGCCUCGCGCCGCGGUGCGCUUCAAGGCACACUGACGGGGUCGCCAUCGCCGGCGCCGGCUGUACUGAGCCCAGCAGGUCUCAUCGUCAUCGCACCCGCCCUUUCCAUUGAGGUGGAACGAAGGGGCCUAGAGUACGACAUGUCGCAAUGGAAGGGCGGCGGCGCGAGACUCAUCGAGCGACACGAAGAGCAGCAGCUGACUUCGUGGAAACACAUGGUGCCUGGUCCUGGUUCCAUGGACAAUCACCGCUGA